AGGUUACUUAUUCUCCUGUAGUUUUUGCUAUUUUCAUAUAUCAAAGAAUAGUAAGUUUAAUUUACAAGUUUACAAUGAAAAUGGUAAAGGAAUGCACAAGGGUUCCAAUUUGUAUCAGUGAAAUUCGACACAUGCAGGUUUCCUCACGGUGUUUUCCAUCACCGUCAAGCAUGAGAUGAAUUAUAAUAACAAAUCAAGCACAUGAAAAUUUUGUAGUGUUUGCCCGGGUUUGAACCCACGAUCAUCGGCUAAGAUUCACGCGUUCUUACCACUGGGCCAUCUCGGCUGGGUGUCCAGCUCUCGGAAAGACAUAAAUUACAUAUACGUCAUGAGGUCAAUUCGACUUUGACCAAGUCAUAUAAACAAUAACAUAAAAUAUUCUCUUUAGUUUUUAAGUACCUAUCAUUCGUUAAAUAGAUGAUGAAAAGCUUAGUACAAAAGUUGACAGAUUACUUACAAAUUAUCGCUGACGACCUGAUUAAUUACAAUUCCAAACUUAAAUUAAUGUCAUUUAUGUCAAAAUAUUGUCUUUCUAAGUUGUCACUAAAGACGCAUUUGAAUUUAUCUAAAUAUUUAAUUUGGUAAUUCAUUAAAAAAUUGACAAUGGCGAAUGAAGCAGAAGAGACUGUUCGCAAACUAUCCCUGCAUCGAGGUGUUGUAGGAGUUAUUGUUGUUAAUGGAGAAGGAAUACCUAUCAAAACGACGUUAGAUAAUCAUGUGUCCGUUCAAUAUGCGGGUUUAAUGAGUGCCUUAGUAGAUAAAGCGAAGGCUGUAGUAAGAGAUCUUGAUCCGUCAAACGAUUUAACUUUUCUCCGUAUUAGAAGCAUGAAAACUGAAGUUAUGGUCGCACCAGAUAAAGAUUUUAUUUUAAUAGUAGUACAAAGCCCAGCUGAUUGACAAAGUUAUAUAAGAAUAUGCGAUUUUGUAAUUAAAUUAUUUAUUAUCCAUAAUUUGAUUGUAUUGUUUCUUAA